AUGUCGGAACCGUCAAAAGAAACUUCUGAGCCGCAGCCACCAACAGAAGCGACGAUACUUGAGGCGACAGAAGCACCUGUAUCUCCAGCUGGCGCAAAGGAAGAACGAGCGCAAGAACCAACCGUGGAACAAAUAGCUCAACAGCAGAGCGCUGCCGAACAAGCGACGACCACAAUCGAAGCGGCCAGCGAUACACAUUCCGACGCAGGAUACGAAUCUGAUUUCGAGUCGAGAGCUUCCACGUCGAUAUCCUCGAGUGUUCGCGAUUAUGCCUUUGAGAAUGGGCGCAGAUACCACAGCUUUCGCGCGGGGAAAUACCAGUUCCCGAACGACGAAACGGAGCAGGAGCGCGAGGAUAUGAAGCAUUCGAUGAUCAUAAACUUGUGUGGAGGGAAACUACAUUAUGCGCCGUUGCAAAAUCCACAGCAGAUUCUGGAUGUUGGGACGGGAACUGGAAUUUGGGCUAUUGAUAUGGGCGAUGAGUACCCAAGCGCGGAGAUUCUGGGAAUUGAUCUUUCCCCAAUUCAACCGCUGUGGUUACCUCCCAAUGUCAAGUUUAUGGUAGACGAUGCCGAAAGUCCAUGGCUUUCCAAACCCAAUUCCCUAGAUUACGUGCACGCCCGACACAUGUGUUCCGCAAUCAAGAACUGGCCAAAAUUAUUAUCAGAAGCAUAUACCGCAAUCAAACCCGGCGGCUGGAUCGAAAUCCAAGACCUCCAAUACAAAAUGCACUGUGACGACAACACCAUGUCCUCCACCUACGACGUCCAGAAAUUCCUCGGGCUCGUCCACGAAGGUCUCGCAGCCUUCGGCAUCGACCUCUCCGCCAUGGUAAACAACAUCCAAGUCCUCCGCGACGCCGGCUUCAUCAACGUCGAAACGAGAGUCUUCAAAGUCCCCUGCGGCGUGUGGCCGAAGAACAAAACGAUGAAGAUGAUCGGGCUGUACCUCCGUUCGGUGAUCUUUGACGGGCUGCAGGCGAUUAGUAUGGGGCCUUUCACGCGGGGUCUGAAGUGGACGCCGGAGGAGGUGGAGGUGUUCUUGGUGGAUGUUAGGAAGAGCCUUUUUGAUGCUUCGACGCAUAGUUAUUUGCCCUUUCAUGUGUUUUAUGGACAGAAACCUUUGGAUGCCUAG